AUGAUUGAGGUCACAAAAUAUUGGCUCUCACCAACGGCACUCGUUCCAAACUCGCCAUGGCCGUUGCUGCACUACAAAAAUGUUCUGAACAAAGGGGACGACAGCGAGGCCUGCGUUCCGAUUGAGGCCUGGGACAGAUUCACCGGCAAUGGAUGGGAAGUCCAGUGGCUGUACCGCUAUGGUCAGACGCAGGACUCGCACUUUCAUUCCGGGGUCCACGAGUGCAUGGCCGUCCUCUCAGGUACAGCAACGAUACGAUUCGGUGCCGGCGACAAGUCAGAGGACCUCGACGCGAACACGACGGGAUCGGCCUUUGAAGCCGGGGGAGUGGAAAUCGAGGCCAAUGCGGGCGACGUCUUUGUCAUCCCAGCCGGCGUUGCUCACAAGACACACAACACCCGGCCAGAGAGUGCGUUUCGACUGCUUUCGCCCGGAUGCGGACGCGGCGUCGAAGCCGAGAACCCGAGACAAGCUCUGGUUGGGCUGCCACUAACAGGCUUUACCAUGAUCGGUGCCUAUCCACAAGGCAGCGAGUGGGAUGCACUCCGAGGCGGUGGAGACUUUGAGGCGGUCUGGAGGGUUCCCAAGCCGGAGAGGGACCCCGUGUUCGGGGAGGCAGAAGUGGAAGUGGAUGUGGCUAUUAUUGGUGGAGGUGCCAGUGGCUCCUACGCUGCCGUCCGUCUGCGGGAGGACUUCAACAAGACUGUCUUGGUGAUCGAAAAGGCAGGCAAGCUUCCUGCCGCCGGGCGGCCUAUCGACUAUGGUGUGGAGGCAUAUCUGAACCGCGAGACGACCAUUGCGUUCUUCAAGCGCUUCAAUGUCGGGCUGAUCGACCCGACUCUGGCGAGCGACAUUGAGCUCUUGCUCCUGACCAAGAAUGUCGACUUUAGCACAGGACUUCCAGUAGAUGUCAGCUACGGUCCUGUCGAUCUCGUCGGAGUUCCCGUUGCCUUUCUGGAGUACACAUCCUAUGCCGUCAAAUAUCAGGCCUGGUUUGCCAACGGCUACUUCCAGACGGGCGAUGUGCCCGAUGACCUCCUGCUCUCCUUUGGCGAUUUCCUGGCAAAAUACGAUCUCGGCGGGUCCCUCGGGAUUUUACGGAACCUCCUGUGGCUGUCGGAUGCGCUGAACAUGCCGACCUGGUUCGUCAUGUCGGUGGUGGGACUACCCCAGAUCCAAGCCUUUGGCCUAGGCCUGAUCGGACCAUCUUUCAAGUGGCCCGCAACGUACUCGGCCGAGACGCUGUAUGAGCGCGUUCUCGAUCUACUGGGGGACGACGUGCUGCUCGGGAGCACGGUCGUGUCCAGCCAGCGUUCCGACAGUGGUGUCGAGCUGACGGUGCAGACACCAUCUGGACAGAAGACGGUCAAGGCGAAGAAGCUGCUCGUCGCAGCGCCACCGUCACCCAACAACGUUGGUAGCUGGGAUCUCGACGACAACGAGGCACUGCUCUUUGGCAAGUUCUCAUGGGAAACCCUGUUUGUGGGCGUCGUCCAGGACACCGGCUUUCCUUCCCAUGCGACCGGCAUCCGCAACGCGCCAAACGAUCCGUCUCGGUACUAUCUUCCGCACGGCAGCUUUACCGAUGCCUUUAGUAAGGCCGACACGGGCACCGGGGCAGACCUUUGGACCACCCGCGUCCUUGGGGUUGCCGGCCUCAGCGCCAGCGAAGCCCAAACGAUGAUCUACCAAUCUCUGACCCAGAUGGGCGAGGCGGGCACAUACGACAUUGCUUCACCCUCGCUCGUUGCCUUUACCGAUCACGGUGCCAACGCGCCCAAGGUCUCUGCGGCAGACCUCAAAGAUGGCUUUUACAACAAGCUCUACGCGCUCCAAGGCCAGCGGAGCACAUACUGGACAGGCUUUGCCUGGGCACCUGAUUACUCGUCGAUACUAUGGGAUUUUACCGAGACGCUGUUUCCUGGAAUCAUCAGUGGCAUUUGA